AUGGGGGAGUUGAUAGGACCAUCGUCAACACGUAUCUAUUCGGGAUUGUUUCGUGCCAGUUUGGCCGAUGUAUGCAGACAAGUAAACAACUUUCAUGACUACUCGAGUUCUACGUCCCAAUCCAAACCGUCUCCCCAGAGGUCAAUGAUGGGAAACACAUCACGCCAUGUGCGUUCCUCUGUCGUCCGCAACGAGCAUCAGCUUACUGAUGUCAAUCUAGCUUGCUCUAUCUCGCAUGGUCUUAUGUGUAUGAUCACGCCUAAUCUACGCCAGACGACGCCUGUGCUGACAGGAUGUAGUGGGAGUUUGGCCCUACCUACUCACCCCAGUCAUGACGGCGUGCGUUGCUCUCCCAACGGAAUUGUUUUUGUCAUGGCGGCAAGUCCGAUCAUUUCAUUGACUGUCGAGCGUGUGGGUGUUGAGCGGAAACAGGAUACUGUCCGAACUUCUUGCAGCGCUUGCAGUCGCUUCAUUUGGAAUGGGUGUUGCAUCUGGUACUGCCGCAAUGAUAUCCCACUUUAUGGUCUCAGCACCAUCGUCAAUAUUCCAAGCGAAUCUCUGGUCCAUAGAUUGAUUUCGCUCUGGCUCGUUCUUCAAGUCGUAACAGACUUUGUAAUUGCAAUUUCUCUUGCCGUCAUUCUUUUCCGCUCGCGUACUUCAUACAAGAAGACCAACCAUGUCAUCAAUCAACUCAUCCGUGGCGCAAUACAGACAGGUGUCCUCGCUGGCAUCUUCUCGUUGGGGCAUCUUGUUUCAUUCGUUCGUUGGCCAAGUACGGAACUGUACGGUAUGUUUGCGAUGCCGCUUGGACGCGUGUACACAAAUGCGAUCCUCGACACUUUACUGAGUCGCGAAGAUCUUCGGAAUAUGCUGGCGGAAAGUGAUGCUAUUCGCAUAGAAUCAAAUAUAGUUCCUGAACGAUUUCUAGGGCACGAUUGUGGCUAG